AUGGAUCGGUUGCCCCCCGAACUGCAUGUAAAAAUCGGCCGAUAUCUCUGGUUCAACGAUUUAUACCAGCUGGUUCUCGUCUCGAAAUUCUGCCAUUCCACUUUCACCCCGGAGCUUUAUCGCGAGAUUCAACUUCAAGGGGUAUACCGGCUGUGGGAACCCAAUUUCCACAUGGACGAGGAUACCUCUUCUGCCCGAUGCCUCCCUUAUGCCAUCAUUGAAAACCCAGGUCUUGCUGGUUUCGUCCGGUCGCUGCAGUUGGUCCCAUUCAUAAAUCCGGGUACUCCAAAGAUUGAGCUGUCUAGAGUUCUUCAGGAAACAGGACGGGGAGACUUCUUGCACUCUCAUCCGCUGACCAGACAGAUGAUCCUGCGUUGGCAUAAGGAACUUGAAUCCGACCCAAGACUCGAUUCCUGCCAGCCCCUGAGGAAUCCCUGGUUCGCUCUGCUAUUGCUUCAGCUAAAGUAUCUGCAACAUCUUUAUGUUUUCUUGCCAUGCGAUGAGCACGGGCAUGGCCAAAAAGGCCCCGCUCCCACGCCACAUUUUGACGAAGUCAUCUCCUGGGCAGCAAACCCUGAAUCAGGGAUCCUCACCCGCUUGACACAUCUCACACUUGAGGAAUCUCAAGCACGUUUUGAUUAUAAACCGCCAGGUAUAUCCGUGAUCCGCCUGAUUCCAUUUCUCGAAAUCUCUUCCUUAAGACAUAUUCGUGUUACGCGGAUUGCCGAUCAAAACGAACAAGCUCUCCCUCGCAAGUUCAACAGCAAAGUAACCCAUCUUGACGUCAAACAGUGCGAUAAAACCUUCACUCAAUUACCGCAGCUGCUCAUGGGGCGUCCGCACCGCCCUGGCUUUCACUGGGAACCCAACCGCGCAUAUGAUGCCAUUUACCAACUCCGCUCCACGCUGCGACACCUUAGUAUAAAAUCUCACAUAUGCCGUGGCGACCUCUACCUUCAUCACGAUGUGGAGUAUCCCCAGCCAGCAUACUUCGGGUCCUUAUGUGACUUUCCUGUCCUAGAAACCCUACAAAUGCGGAUGGUUAAUCUACUGCCUUCUCAACCCGGCACUCGUGUCCCGACUUCUCCUCUGUGGAAAAUUCUCCCAAGUUCGCUGCGGUUCCUCUCCAUAGACGGUUGCCUUAUGCAGACAUCUAAUAUGCUGUGCGAUGAGCUGGAGGACUUGGCAGCACAUUGCCAGACACAUCUCCCUCAGCUAGAAAAGGUGCACAUUGCGUAUUCCCAUUAUGAGAAGAUAAAUGAGCAACAAUGUCUAGCCUGUGAAGGCCCGGGUUCUGUCAUGUCGUACAAAAAAGUUAAGGCAGACCCGGCGAUCGUUGCGCGGCUUCGGGCAUUGGGAGUCAAAUAUAAUAAGCAAGGGGUAAGGCUCCGCCCCUUCGGUAAGUUCAAGGACGGGAAAUAUGUCGAUGAUGCUAACCGGUGGUGGUACUAAGUAUUAUGAAGAGUUGUUGAACAGGGCUUGUGAUUAUGGUCAGUGUCUUAACUUCAAUAUCACUUUGCUUUUUUCAUGGUUUA